AUGGUCCGAACGGCCUCAGUCCUGUCGGUUCUAGCGGAUGGGGAUGCCUUGCUCGAUUCGAUCGCUGGUGACGCCUCACCGCGUAUGAAGCUUGACUUCAAGCUCUUCAAGGGCGUCUCGGUGCAGUUUAACGACUUGGACAAGGCUGAAGAGAGUGCUGCUGCGAUAGCGGCCUUGCCUGCUGUCAAGUCAAUUUGGCCCCAACGUCUGUAUCAAAUGCCGAAGCCCACUGUUCAUCAGAUCUUGGGUGAUGGAACCGAUAUAGCCGCCGCCACUGCGACCAAACGGCAGUUUGAGAAUGAUACGUUCUCGACCCAUGUGAUGACGCAAGUUGACAAGUUGAGGGCGGAGGGCAAUGUUGGAACUGGUAUCAAAGUUGCUGUUAUUGAUACUGGUGUUGACUAUCGACAUCCCGCGCUUGGUGGCUGCUUCGGUCCGGAGUGUCUCGUGACUUUUGGCUAUGACCUUGUGGGCGACGAUUUUGACGGCUUUAACACACCUGUUCCAGAUCCGGACCCGUUUGACUGCGGUGGUCACGGUAGUCAUGUGGCAGGUAUUAUCGCUGCGCAGACCAACAACCCCUUUGGCAUCAUUGGAGCCGCUACUGGUGUUACUCUGGGCUCAUUCCGAGUUUUCGGCUGUGAUGGCUCGACUCCUGAUGAUGUUCUCAUCUCUGCGUACAACAUGGCAUACGAGGCAGGCGCCGACAUUAUCACCGCCUCCAUCGGUGGCCCCUCAGGUUGGACCGAAGACCCUUGGGCCGUUGCCGUUCAACGCAUUGUGGAGAACGGUGUCCCAUGCACUAUCUCGGCCGGUAAUGAUGGCGAUGCUGGUCUCUUCUAUGCCAGCACCGCAGCCAAUGGCAAGAAGGUCACAGCCAUCGCCUCUAUCGACAACACGCACGUCCCAACUCUCUUCAACAAUGGUACCUACACCGUCGAUGGCGGCGCCAACACCUCUUUCGGCUUCACUGCAGGCUCUCCAGCGAACUGGGGCGGUGUUACUCUUCCGCUCUGGUCUGUGAACUUCAAUACCGCUGACCCAGCGAAUGCCUGUGAAGCUCUGCCGGCCGAUACUCCAGACCUGUCUGGAUAUGUUGUUCUCGUUCGUCGAGGUACUUGUACCUUCGUGACCAAACUUGCCAAUGUCGCCGCGAAGGGCGCAAAGUAUGUCAUCUUUUAUAACAACGUACCUGCCGGCACGGUCUCUGUCUCUGGUACAGGGGUUCCGGGUAUCGAGGCGGUCGCAAUGGUUGAAGCAAGCCUUGGCGCUACUUGGAUUACGGCUCUCGCUGCGGGCUCAGAAGUCGUGGUCAGUCUGGUCGACCCAAUCACAGGACCCAAAUUCCUUGUUGAUCAGGUCAACACUGCCACCGGCGGUUUCCUGAGCACGUAUACUUCUUGGGGCCCAACAUACGAGGCCGAUCUCAAGCCGCAGCUCGCGACCCCUGGCGGUUUGAUUCUGUCUACGUAUCCCACCGCUUUAGGGUCGUAUGCAGUCCUGUCCGGAACCUCCAUGGCCUGUCCCCUAGCUGCCGGCAUCUAUGCGCUCAUCAUGGUCGCUCGAGGCACAAAGGACCCUAAGACAAUUGAGAACAUCCUUUCAGCCACGGCCAAUCCAAAUCUCUUCAAUGACGGCGCUUCCACAUACCCCGUCCUCGCACCAGUAGCGCAACAGGGCUCUGGACUCCUGCAAGCUUAUGACGCUGCAUAUGCGACAACCCUGCUCAGCGUAAGCAGUCUCGCGUACAACGAUACCGACAACUUUGUGGCUGUACAGAAUUUCAGCAUUUCUAAUGAGGGCAAGGCCGCGGUAACAUACACCCUCAGCAAUAUCGGUGCCGCAACUGGAUAUACAUUUGAAGACGACACUACCAUAUUCCCCGCCACAUUUCCCAAUGAGCUCACCGAUGAUUUUGCGACUCUUGUAUUCGGGCCUUCAUCGACUGUCACAAUUCCUGCCGGUCAGCGACGCAUAAUCUCUGUCACCGCCACACCUCCGGUUGGCCUCGAUGCUCUGCGCCUGCCCGUCUGGUCUGGAUACAUCGCAAUCAAUGGCACGGAUGGCUCUUCUUUGUCAUUGCCGUAUCAAGGUGUUACGGGCUCUUUGCACAGCAGAACUGUCCUGGAUCCCAAUAAUACAUACCUGUCGUCGGAUGCAGAUGAUUACGGCACGCCCGAAGAUGUCGACUUCGAUGCCCUCCCCCCAGUUCCAGCAAAUACCACCUUCAUCUUGCCGCCUCCUGGGCACGCGAACGAUACAAAGUAUGAGAACAGUACCGUGUUGCCACUCCUUGUAGUCAAUCUCGCGUUCGGAUCUCCGCUAUUGCUCGCGGAUGUUGUACCCAUCAGUACAUGUAAGCCAGUCGAAACCAAGACAAAUCUAGGUAUCACCACCCUUGGCCAAGCCUACAGCUUCCCGCACCAGUAUGAACCACGUGCUGCGCAGAAGUCAAUAUGGGAUGGUCGACUUGCUGACGGAACCUACGCUCCAUCUGGAGUAUACAAAUUUGUUGUGCGUGCAUUGCACGUUUAUGGAAACCCAUCCGAUCCCGCAGAGUACGAUGUUGUUCAGACCGUUCCAUUUAGAAUUAGGUACAUCGGGGCCAACUCGACUGCAACAGCCCUUGAACGGGUGAAAAGGUUGUAA